UGCAUAUCAACAUUACCGCCAUACUUCGAAAACCUCAAACCGAACUUGGAAAGUUGUAUGUUUUCAGUGUGUAAAUAUGAGAUCAUGAAGACUGACAAAUGAUGCCACCUCAGUGUUACACUUAUGGAGAAUUUUGUACUGUAUGAAGAAUUGUUCAAGGGAGAGCACUCUGUUAUCUACAAAGGCAGAAGGAAGGGCACCAUUAACUUUCUUGCCAUCCAUUGCAUAGACAAAUCUCAAAGAGCAUUUAUCACAAAUCAUGUGAGACUGACCAAUGAGAUCAGCCAUAAGAAUAUUGUCAAGUUUUAUGAGUGGUAUGAGACCAGUAAUCAUCUAUGGCUAGUAGUGGAGCUAUGUACAGGAGGGAGCCUGGAGUCUCUGCUAGCCCAGGAUGGUCAUCUUCCUGAGAGUGCUGUGAGGAACUUUGGGGUAGAUCUUGUCACUGGGCUGCACUAUAUACAUUCACUUGGAUUAAUUUUUGCAGAUCUUAGACCUGCCAAGAUCCUCUUAGAUGGUCCGGGUGUUCUGAAGUAUGGAGAUUUCAGUCUUACUCGCCUGGAGGGUGAAAAUUUAGAGGAGAUGUUCAUCCAUUUUGCAGAGUCAGGAGGUGAAAGUGUAGACCAGGAAACAUCCCCAAAACCAGAUGCCUCAGGUUCCCCUUCAUAUAUGGCUCCAGAAGUUAUCCAGGGAGGAGAGUAUAGUAUAGAGAGUGACCUGUGGUCACUGGGCUGUGUCCUUUAUGAACUUUACACAGGUCACCCCCCAUUCCUAGCUGAGGGCUUUGAACAACUUGUUGAUAAAGUGCUGCACAAGGAACACUCCACUCCUAAAGUCAAAGGCAGCAGGUUCUCAGGCAAAGCUUCACCAGAGUUUGUAGAUUUGAUCAACGGUUUUCUUAAGAAGAAUCCAAAUGAGAGGCUAGGCUGGAAGGGACUGGUCAACCAUCCAUUUUGGCAGGGGGCACUGCGGGGCCUGGCGCAGGACCUAGAGGGAGGGCCGCCUAGUGUGAAGGCCAGCCUGGCUGUGUCCAAGUCACUCAGGGAGAGUGUUACCAUGACAACAGGCAGAAAGAUCAGCUCAGUGCUGGGGAAGGUGGUGGUGCUAGAGGGCAGCACUGAGAAACCCUUAUUACUGGACAACGUGGCAGAGAAUGUUGACCAGUCUGAGAGACCUGUAUCUUCUCUUAGUGACCAACCCAGACCAAAGAGUGCUCAAGCCAAUUCAGAUUUGAAGCCUAUGUUUACUUUGAGCUCUAGACCAGGCACAGUGGGACAGCAGGAUGAGAGGGUGACGUCCCCUCACAAGCUAGCGCAGUCCCCUCUCUCCAUCAAAGAAACUUUCAGGAAGAACAAGACUCCUAGAGCAGAGGCUGUCAUAGCUGAGGAAGCACAGAGUGAACUACAGGAGCUGAUUUACCAUGAGUCUGACUGGACUGUCACACAGAUAGUAGACAAUCCCAAGGUUAUGAAGCCAGCUCCAUUGAAAUAUGAUGCCAAGACUCUACCAGUUCCUCCUUAUUCAGUGGACAAGAUUUUGUCUCUGCAGUCCAAGGACCAACUGAAGCACAUUCAGUUAGUGGUGAACACCAUAGAGUCUCCAGAGAAGGGACCUCCCUCUCAAAAACGCAUGCAUUUCCUGAACUACCUGGCAGUAAUAGCCAGCCACCCAGUCAUUGCCAACUUGCUGGUGAAAUGUAAUGGGUUGAGUGUACUGGCCAGACAACUGAAGGAGCAGCCUCAUGAACUGCACCGUACCAAAGUGGCCAGGGCAAUGGGGCUUGCUGCUUACUGCUGUACAGAAGUAGAGGAAACGUUGAAUCUGACUGAGCCUGUGACGGUGAUAACUGAACUGAUAAGAGAUGGGUUCAGAAAUACAAGACAAAAGCAGGGCCUGCUUCCAGCAUUGGGAGAGCUCCUAUUCUUGAUAGCAUCACAGGAAGAGGUUAGGGGACACCCUGUGGAACACUGGGGCAUCCCCUCUGUAUCCUUUACCAUGGUAACAAGGUGUUUGAGGGAAGGGGAAGAUCCAGUUGUUAAUCAUUGUGCAGCCAAGAUUAUAGAGAAUAUAGCUUCUAUCAAUGGACAGCAUAUAGAGAAGUUCCUUGGUAAUGAUGUGGCUCUUAGCUUAUGGUAUGUGUUCAAUCAUUCCACUGUGGACACACUUAGGAUCACUGCAAUCUCUGCCUUGUGUCGCCUGGCCAAGCACUCGGUGUCAGUGUUCCAGUGUGUAAUAGAGAAGGUUGGACUGCCCAGUGUACUGGACACUCUUGGGGCCAGUGUGUCCAGGGUCCAGCAAGCUAUGGUCACUCUGUUUGCCUGCCUCAUCUCCUCAGCUUCUCACUUACAAAGGCUUAUGCAGGACAAAGAUUUUGUGCAGAGGAUAAUGAAGUUGCUAGAACACCCCUCUGCCGUGAUCCGUGCAAAAGCAUUCCUUGUCAUCUUGGAAGUUAUACAACACAACCAGGAGAUGGUGCUGGGAUGUUGUCAGAUGAGAUUGGUGAUGUACAUAGAGAGAGACUUUAAGAAGCAGACAUCAGCGGCUGGUGACUAUCAGGAGCAACUGGAGUACCUGGGAAGGUGUCUGGACCUGAUAAUCCAGUACAUUGUGGAGACAAUACCUAAAAUAAACUCUGAAAUGGUGUCAGCCCUGGAAGCAGUAUCAGGCAGAAAACAUCCUUCCACAGUUCAAGCCAAGCAACUGAAGGCAUGGCUUCCUAUGAUGCCAGUACUGCUGCACUUAGUCACAAGCCAGAUAUUCCGUCCCAAAGUUGUGACCAAAGAGUUUUUUGAAACCCUGGCUACAUUCCUGAAUCAUGUGAAAUCCAUUGAUGCUGGAGAAACCAAUAUUGAACCAGCCACAGGUCCUGCAGGAACAGAAGAGUUCACCAACACAGUGUUGUCCAUCCUUGAGGCCAUCAGCCAGCACCCAGGUCUGACCACACAGUUCUCUGGACCAGUCAUAGAGAAGAUCUUACCAGCACUAGGAGCCUUCAUAUCCAGUCAGAAUGGUAACACUCGUGCCAUGUGUUUGAGGCUGUUCAGUGACCUGGCCACCACCUUCCUGAAUGAGGAGCAGUUUGAGGUAUCUCACAGAGCCAGCACCAAGCUACUACAACACAUCAUCAGAGAGACAUUGCUGCCUCAAUAUGAGCAGAUUUUACUGGACCAGGAUCCCUUGCCUUCCUAUGGCCUGAAGCUGUUGUUAGCUCUACUGGAACAUAAUGUGGCAUUUAUUAAGCAGUUUGAAUCACUGGGCCUUGUACAGGUGCUCUUUCAAGUUUUGUUGGACCAUCAGAGUAACCCUGUGAGCAAUGCAAUGCAAAGUAUGGUAGGAAUUCUCAACUGCCUGGUUUCACACAAGGAAACUGAUAUACAAGACCUGUAUGACCAAGGUCUUGUUGAUCAUUUGUCCAAUGUGUUCAUAGAGGUGACCUCAUUACACAUGAGUUCAGAAGACAAAGGAGAUCCUAAAACACUGUCAGCCAUGAUGAACUCACUGUUGGAAACCAUACAUUACCUGCUUAAGAAUAUCUCCGAGGUGGUCAGGAAGGCUCUCCAUUCUAAAAAAACUGGUGGUACUGAUAACACUGAUGCAGAGAUGGCAGAACAGUUGCUGUUGAACAACAAACCUUUCACAGAACUCACAGGAUUACUCACACAGCUGUUGUGUCAUGAGGAGAGUGACAUCCAGGAGCUGGCCUGCAAGAACCUGUCCCUGAUGGUACAACUCUAUGGGGGAGAGUAUCCAGAGUCUCUGUCACCUGAAAACAUGGAAUGCUACAGUGAGGCUCUAAAAAUGGCAGAUUCAAAAAAACAGAAAAUCAUUUUGAGAAUCAUCAAGAGAUUGGUUAGUACAGGUGAGGAACAUGCCAGGAUGUUGAGGGAGGAGGGAUCACUGCUCACAGAUACAAUGAAGAAACUGGCAGAUGCUGCUAGCUCGCAUGCAGAUGUAGCACUAUCCUCACUUGCAUCAGAGAUCUUAAGAUCUGCUGGACUGGACUGAAUGUAACACUUCAUCCAAACUGUGAAGAAAAAAAUUUUCAGGAUGUGUAUUUUGGAAUAACAUAAAACUUACAGAGAUACAGUAAAUCGUACUGUUAAACGUGCAUAAUAGCAGAUUGGUAGAAACAAGAUACGUUUUCUGUCAGGCAAACAAAAAGCUUUUAGACUAGAUUUGUCUCACUUAUUGCAUCAUGUUAAAAGGUGUAAAACGAUUGCCUCAAAACUUAUC